GCGACCUCCUCUCUCCUCCCCCUCCCUCGCUGUGAAGAUGGCGCUCUCCAGGGUGUGCUGGGCUCGGGCUGCUCUGUGGGGUUCGGCGGUCACCCCCGGACCUCAUGUCACCCGGAAGCUGCAACUUGUUCGCUGUGGCCUGGCCUGGGGGGCCCCUCGGUCUUCAAAGCUUCACCUUUCACCAAAGGCAGAUGUGAAGAGCUUGAUCUCUUAUGUGGUGGCCAAGACAAAAGUGAUUAAUGGGAAAUACCAUCGUUUCUUGGGUCGUCAUUUCCCCCGCUUCUAUGUCCUGUACACAGUCUUCAUGAAAGGAUUGCAGAUGAUAUGGGCUGAUGCCAAAAAGGCUAGAAGAAUAAAGACAAAUAUGUGGAAGCACAAUAUAAAGUUUCAUCAACUUCCAUACCGGGAGAUGGAGCAUUUGAGACAGUUCCGUCGAGACGUCACCAAGUGUCUUUUCCUAGGUAUUAUUUCCAUUCCACCCUUUGCCAACUACCUGGUCUUCCUGCUAAUGUACCUGUUUCCUAGGCAGCUACUGAUCCAACAUUUCUGGACCCCAAAGCAACAAAUUGAUUUCUUAGAUAUCUAUCAUGCUCUCCGGAAGCAGUCCCACCCAGAAAUCCUUUGUUAUUUAGAAAAGGUUAUCCCUCUCGUUUCUGAUGCAGGACUCCGGGGGCAUAUGACGGAGCUGUGCACCAAGAUACAGCAUGGUACCCACCCAGCAAUACAUGAUAUCCUGGCUCUGAGAGAGUGUUUCUCUAACCAUCCCCUGGGCAUGAAGCAACUCCAUGCUUUGCAAAUGAAAGCCUUGAGCCGAGCCAUGCUUCUCACGCCUUAUCUGCCUUCUUUCUUGUUGAGACACCGUUUAAGGACUCAUACCACUGUAAUUCACCAACUGGACAAAGCUUUGGCAAAGCUGGGGAUUGGCCAGCUAUCUCCUCAGGAGGUGAAAUCGGCUUGUUAUCUUCGUGGCCUGAAUUCUACCCAUAUUGCUGAAGAGAGGUGUCGAACUUGGCUGGGAGAGUGGCUACAGAUUUCCUGCAGCCUGAAAGGGGCUAAGCAGGUAAUGAAGUGGACUCUGCAAGACAGGAGGGAGUAGUGAGGAUUGUGGGAGCCCAAAGCAGCAUGCAUGCCGGCCUGAAGCAGUCUCUCAGCCCCAGCACUAUUGAUGCUAAUGUCCUGAGCACUAGAGGAUCUCUAGCAGGAUCCCUGGUCUCUGCCCGCUAGAUGCCAGCAGCAUCCUCCACGCCAGUUCUGACAACCAAAAAUGUCUCCAAACAUUGCCGGAUGUCCAGUGGGGCAGAGGAGAACAGAAUUAUCCCAGUUGAGAAGCACUAGUCUAAAGGCAUUCAAAUUCAGAACAAAAACACUCAGUUGGCUAAAUAAAAAGACCCGGGGGUGGGUAUUAGGCCUGUGGGGCUCUUGUUGGAACCUUUGGCUAGGCCUUGAUGUUUUCUAAGCCUGUGAAUAUCAGGGUAGGCCUACUAAUCUCCUUGGAGCCAAGAAAUGUUUCCAGAGCAGCAGCUCCUACCAGAAGAAUCCCAAGGGUGAUUAGUAUCAUUACCGUCUCUGAAGUUUCUGCCGCACCCCUUAAGAGUCAAGAAAGGAGGAUGAGUGGAAAGGAGUAUCUGGUGGAAGGAAAGGAAAGCAUACGUGCAGGGACUGGAACGAAGCAGGGGAACUUUGAGAACAGUAACCUCUUGACGUCACGCCUCUGCACUUGGCUUCCCGCCUCUAGUAUCACGCCCCGUCGAUCAAGGCAGUUAGCAGGCUAACUGUUCCCUGGCCAGGCCAUUAACACUGAUGGUG